GUACAUGGCCAUUGAUGCUGCUGGAUAGAUGUAACCUCUGUUGUAAAUAAGAAUGGCGAGGGCAGUGGACCUAAAAUGCCGCGUUAUCUCAGCUUGACAUCGGAACAUUUUGAGCCACCAUCGGGAUUUUACACAACGCGGGCUCGCUUCCUCGUUUUCAUUUGAAUCCGCCUUGACAGCUCGCCUGAUGGUUUUCAUUUGACACACGAGCCAAAGCAGACAGGCGGCUUCUUCGAAUAAACACUCGGGAAAAACGGGUCAUUAUGACCUUAGUAUCCUCCGCUAAAAGAAAACCAUCGGAUUGCUUUUACGCAGCAGCAUUCUGCUUGCAUUUUUUGCUUUGGAUUUCGUUUGCCGUGUCCGGAGAGGAGCAUCAUCAGUUCAGCGUUGAGGAAUGGCUACAAAGGUAUGGCUACCUUCCCCACACAGACCCCAGAAUGUCUGUCCUGCGCUCUGCCCAAACCAUGCACUCAGCCAUUGCUGCCAUGCAGCGCGUCUAUGGGCUCAAUGUCACAGGGACACUGGAUGAGAGAACCAAGGAUUGGAUGCAAAGGCCACGGUGUGGAGUCCCAGACAAACUUAAGAGUGUUUCGAGGUCACGGAAGCGGAGAUACGCGCUGACGGGACAGAAGUGGCAGCGCGCGCACAUCACCUACAGCAUAAAGAACGUCACACCAAAGGUGGGCGCUCGGGAGACCCACGAUGCCAUUCGGCGGGCGUUUGACGUGUGGCAGGGUGUGACUCCGUUGCGCUUUGAGGCCGUUCCGUACAGCGCCCUGGAGACUGGCAGGCGUGAUGUGGACAUCACCAUCAUCUUUGCUUCGGGUUUUCAUGGCGACAGCUCCCCCUUUGAUGGGGAGGGAGGAUUCCUCGCCCACGCCUACUUCCCAGGCCCAGGGAUAGGAGGGGACACACACUUUGACUCGGAUGAACCCUGGACCCUGGGGAAUCCCAACCAUGAUGGCAAUGAUCUGUUCUUGGUUGCGGUUCAUGAGCUGGGCCACGCCCUCGGUCUGGAGCACUCCAAUGACCCCACUGCUAUUAUGGCUCCCUUUUAUCAGUAUAUGGACACAGAGAACUUCAAACUACCUCAUGAUGACCUGCAGGGCAUCCAGAAAAUCUAUGGUCCACCAGACAGAGCCCCUCAGCCUACAAGACCCCCACCCACAGUCCCUCCUCCUCGCUUCCACCCUCCAUCAGACCCCCGCAAGCAUGACCGCCAGGUCAGGCCUCACCGCCCUCCACAGGGGGCCAAACCCUCAAACCCCAACUCCAAGCCCAACAUCUGCGAUGGAGGCUUCAACACGUUGGCCAUCCUCAGACAGGAGCUUUUCGUGUUCAAGGACCAGUGGUUCUGGAGGGUACGGGACAACUCAGUAGUCCCUGGCUACCCCAUGCAGAUAAACUAUUUCUGGAGAGGUUUACCUUCCAAAAUAGACGCCGUCUACGAAAACAGCGAGGGAAAGUUUGUUUUCUUCAAAGGAAACCGUUUCUGGGUAUUCAAGGACACAACUCUCCAGCCUACCUAUCCUCAGGACAUCUCGCUGUUUGGGAGCGGCAUGCCCACACAGAGUAUUGAGACAGCCGUCUGGUGGGAGGAUGUGGCCAAGACCUACUUCUUUAAAGGAGACAGAUACUGGAGAUACAAUGAGGACAUGAGAACCAUGGACCCUGGUUAUCCCAAACCCAUCACCGUCUGGAAGGGCAUCCCUGACUCCCCACAAGGGGCCUUUGUGGAUAAGGCCAAUGGGUUUACCUACUUCUACAAAGGAAAGGAGUACUGGAAGUUCAACAACCAGCUGCUGCGUGUGGAGCCGGGCUACCCGAGGUCCAUCCUGCGGGACUUCAUGGGCUGUGACGGUCUACCCGCUGACCCCGACUGGGACUGGAGCCCCCCGGUGGUGGAGGAGCGGCACUACGACAGCGGCGACGUGGACAUCGUCAUCAAACUGGACAGCGCCGGGGGCACGGAGAAAGCGGUGGCCAUUGCUAUCCCCUGUGUCCUGGCGCUGUGCAUGAUGGUUCUGCUCUACACCGUUUUCCAGUUUAGGAGGAAGAGCACGCAGCGCCACAUACUGUACUGCAAACGCUCCAUGCAGGAGUGGGUCUGAGGCAUCCCUGCUGUGCUGUGUAGGAAGGGGUAUGGAGCUCUGGUAGCGGUCUAGUUGUUGCUUCAAGCCCUAAGUACAAUAAAUUGGAAGUACUGUAAAGGGUACAGUAUUUUAAGGGUUGCCAUGUUGGCAGAUUUUAAAACUGUUUGAACCCAUGACGUGCAAGCUACAGCGAAGCAAAACCAUCAGUAGAACUGAACUGGAGACAAUGAGGGAGCCACACCCUCCUACAGUAUGUCCAACUAAUAUGUAUGUAUCUGCUUUGACUUUUUUCUGUAUGUUGGAAUGAACUCAAUUAAGUGAGACAGAGUUAAGCUGAGUGGGACCUUCGUCUAUCCCCGUCUCUGCACGCCUCUUAAAAAGCCCCUAGCACUAACUACAGUGGACAAAUUAGAUAUAGGCUACUACUUUACUUUCAUUUCUUAAUUAACUUGCCCUAAGCAGUGCUUUUUGAUUUAGGGACCCUCAAAAAGAUUAUUCAUUGUGUGGAGGACUGAUACACAAACCAAAUAUGACCUUUUCUUCCAAAGAGGAUUACUGCUCAAUGUUUUUUUUUCCGUGUUUUUUUUUUUUUUUUUUUUUUGAUGGGAUAUUUUUCAUCCAUGAAUCUAACAUUGCGGCAUCAUUCUUUCUCACAUUUUCUUUUGCCAUUUCUAUUCAUAUCCACCCAUCUGCUCUGUCAUCUGUGGGAAUAGGAAGCAGCAGUUAAUAAGAGCUAGGAACUGAAGACUGUUGUGGCAGUCUGUCUCCAAAACAGGGGCCAAAAACCUCUCUGCAAUAUUCAUGAGACUGCCUUAAUCACAGAUUACUUUUACUUCCUUCUUUGUCUCUCUUUCUCUCUUCCUCUUGUUUUGUAUUUCUCCCUUUGUUUCCUUUUCUUUCUCCCUCUUUCUCUCUUGCACAGUGUCUAAAAGCUGCAUACUGAGAACAAUACAGUAGAAAUGCAAAAAAAAAAAAAAAAGUAUGUCGGUGCA